GCUAUCAUACAUUUCCUAGACGGGUCAUUUGGAACACUGAGUCCUGCAUACUGAUUCCUGGAUCAUAACCUUCCGAGUAAAGUGUGCGCUGUUUGACUCUCUAUAGCGAUACGUGUUAGUCUUCCUGGAGUUGAGAAAGCCCAACAUGGCCUUUCAGUUGACACCGACAACAACGACACUCCACUGAAUGUGUCACAAAGGUGUGAGCUGUGGUGGCGUGUACUGGGUGUACUGGGAGGAGAUCAAGCACACAGAAAUGUAUUCCAACCACACAACUCUCCACAUUUCAACCCCAAACUCCAAACCUGGAUUUCCUGGCUACUAUGCACUCAUCUCCUUUGUCCUACUCACACUGAUUGGAUGUGUAGUGGCAAUGGUUGUUUAUAUCAGAAGGAGGUCACGAUUAGAUGAGCUGCGGCAUCGUCUGAUUCCUCUGUACAGCUUCGACCCCACAGAGGACCGAGACGAGUGGGAGGACAGUGGCAGGGAGGAGGUGGAGGAGCUGGCGGAACCUUUAUAUAAGGAGGGACAUCUCUCCUUUUCAGGGGUCUCUAGGUCAUGAACAGAAAAACCAAGAAAGAAAAAAUAAUGUGGCCGAUUAAAGCACGAUUUCUGCCAUCGAACUGCAGAGACUUUACAAAUCGAGACUUGCCACCCUAUGAAGUAUAAAACUAACAUCUGGAAGACAUUCCACAAUUACAGCACCACAUCAAAUAAUAAAAUGUAAACGUCUUCCCUCAUGACCUUUCUUUUGCAGAGCAGCAGAUGGCGCUGUGAUCUUUUCUUUUGCCUCAGUUGAGAUGUUCUUUUAAAAGACGGUUCAAAGUGUUUUGAAGGAUUUGAAGCAUGAUGUUAUUUUUGAGCA